AUGGCUAGGACCUGGGAAAACGUAUUCGAAAGCUAUAUCGCUAGCAAGUAUAAGGACUCGGGAGGCCUCGACCUUAGCCUCGAUAAAAUCGAAAUAACCAGUAAAAGAGAUAUUAAUUCGUUUAUCGGCACAUGGUUCGCUUUCCUCGUUAACCAAGGCCGUACAAGGGAAUUUCUUCAUAACCACUUUCGAGAAUUCUUCGAGUGGGUCUAUUACAAAAAUCUAAGCCGCCACAACGCUAAGAGGUUGGCGGCACUCGGCAAUAGAGACGCCUGUAUCAACUUUCCGACCGUACAGGAGUACGAAGAGGCGAUUGCUAAAAAGGAGGCUAAUAAGGGACUGGUAAUUCGAAGGCCAGUUACUACGGCUACCACUAGGCCAGCCGCCACAGCUACCCCUAGCAAGGCACCCUCGAGCAGCAAGAGAUAA